UUGUUUUCUUCUCGCAAUCGCGAUGUUUUUCUUUUUCUUUUUCUCCUUUCUCUCCUUAAUUUCAUGUUCAUUCUUUAUUUUUCUUUUCUUCCAUGGCAAUAUCUUCUUCUGUUCUCUUGCUAAUUGCUUCCACUGUUUCUUCAAAUUCAAUUUGGCUUUCCAAGUGUGGAACGAUUUUAAUUUCAUCUUGGAAUUUGGAUAACCGUCUUUUUUGUGGUGUGCUAUUAGUGCAUUUUUUCGCCGCCUUUAUUCUAAAUCACUGCUGUUACUCUUCAACUAGUUUCGACGAUUUUCUAAUUAGUUUGGAUCUUGCUUUGCCUGACAACAUAAUUGACCAUUUCUUGUGUUUUUUUAAUUAUGUCUACACUUUUAUCUUUUCGAUUUUCAAUAAAAGAAUUGUACAUUAUCUCCAAGAGACGUAAAUCGUCCUCUGGAGUUGAUGAUCUUCGUCUAGCAUUUGUUCUCUGCUUAGAUCUCGACGAUUCCUGUACUAAAUGGAUACUGAAGACAUCCUUAACAUGCAUGCCUAUCUGCAUCAUUUUUAGUCAUUCACCUAGUUUCUGAAUCAUUCCGCUAAAUUUCUUCUCUAAAAUUAUGGUUUAAGAUGAGUGGUAGAGUUUCUAACUGCCAUGCCAUACUUUAAAUUUCUUCCCGUUCUGGUGUAUCUGUGUAGCUACUUUUUUUUCGUGGUGUUGUUUGUGUCUCAUAAAUAGCAUUUACAUGGCGUUUGGGUGUGGUCUGUUUUGUUGCUAAAAAUGUGAGCUUAAAGAAAUGAAUUUCCAUUUUUGGAACCUUAUACUAUCAUCACUCCAUUCCUGCAAAAAGUUGCACAGUUACUUCCCUUAAUAUGUGCCCACUACCCUUAUAUUACCUUGUUGAUUGGGGCUUUCUAUUUUCUGGAAACUGUGAGCUUUUCUUUUUCUUAUUAUUUUCUUUCACGUCUCAUACGCGAUCGAUACGAUGUGUCAUAGAAGUAUUAACUACCACUUCAGAAUAAUAAGAACCAAGUCAUUCCUCUGGCAGCUUCUUCCAAGUGAAGAUGCCAUUACAACCUGGAAUGGACCGACGAGGUUGGCCCUGGAAGAAGAAAUCAUCUGAGAAGGCAGCAGAGAAGGCCAAUGCAUCGGAGUCGGCUGGAACUCAGGGUGAUCAGGAUGGUUAUAAGAAACCAAGUUAUGUUCAAAUCUCUGUUGAGACGUAUUCACAUCUUACUGGUUUGGAGGAUCAAGUAAAAACACGCGACGAACAAAUCCAGACACUGGAGGGUGAGAUUAAAGAUUUGAAUGAGAAACUGUCAGCUGCACAGUCGGAGAUGACUACUAAGGACAACCUAGUGAAACAGCAUGCUAAAGUUGCUGAAGAAGCUGUCUCAGGUUGGGAGAAAGCUGAAGCAGAAGCUCUGGCAUUAAAAAAUCACUUAGAGACUGUGACACUGUCCAAGCUCACUGCUGAAGAUCGGGCAUCACAUUUGGAUGGUGCUCUGAAGGAAUGCAUGAGACAGAUAAGAAAUUUGAAAGAAGAACAUGAACAUAAAUUGCAAGACGUUAUUUUCACCAAAACUAAGCAGUGGGACAAAGUUAAACAUGAGUUGGAAUCGAAAAUGGCAGACUUAGACCAAGAGCUUCUUAGGUCUGCUGCUGAAAGUGCUGCACUGUCAAGGUCAUUACAAGAACGUUCCAACAUGCUGAUUAAAAUAAGCGAAGAAAAGUCACAGGCUGAGGCUGAGAUUGAGUUGCUAAAGGGCAACAUUGAAUCGUGUGAAAGAGAAAUAAAUUCACUUAAAUAUGAAUUACAUAUAGUUUCCAAGGAGCUAGAAAUACGUAAUGAAGAAAAAAAUAUGAGUAUGAGGUCUGCUGAAGCAGCCAACAAGCAGCACAUGGAAGGUGUUAAGAAAAUAACAAAACUGGAAGCAGAAUGCCAAAGAUUACGUGGUCUUGUGCGGAAGAAAUUGCCUGGUCCUGCUGCACUUGCUCAAAUGAAGCUGGAGGUUGAAAGUUUAGGCAGGGAAUAUGGCGAUACUCGAGUAAGGAAGUCACCUAGUAGGCCUCCAACUCCACAUAUGUUAUCUGUGCCUGACUUUUCUCUUGAUAAUGCACUGAAAUUCCAAAAGGAAAAUGAUUUCCUCACAGAACGAAUGUUAGCCAUGGAGGAGGAAACGAAGAUGCUUAAAGAGGCUUUGGCAAAGCGUAAUAGUGAACUGCAGACUUCCAGGAGUAUGUGUGCCAAGACAGCUACUAAACUUCAAAAUUUAGAGGCUCAACUCCAAAAUGGAAAUCACCAAAGAAGCUCCCCCAAGUCUGUUGUUCAGUAUACUGCUGAUGGCUUUUCAUGCCAAAACACAAGCCAUCCUCCCAGCUUGACCUCUAUGUCUGAAGAUGGAAAUGAGGAUGGCCAGAGUUGUGCAGAUACUCUAUCCAUAGCGGCAACCUCUGACAUUUCCCAUUUUAGGGAGAAGAAAAAUGAGAAAUUAAGUAAAACUGAAAGUGGAAGUCACUUGGGACUCAUGGAUGACUUUCUGGAAAUGGAAAAAUUGGCAUGCCAAUCAAAUGACUCAAAUGAAGCCAUCCUUGCUUCGAAUAGUACAAACAAUAAGGACUCUGAAGUUGUUGUGCACCAGGAGUCCAAUGGUAUCCAGUCUGAACAGCAUCUGGAUUCAAGUCCAUCUACAGAGGUUGUAUCUUCUAGUGUUGAUUUGUCAACAGAGUGUGCUGAUUCCAAUGGACUGCCUCUGUUGAAACUCCGAUCAAGAAUAUCUAUGAUUUUUGAGUCUAUUUCAAAGGAUGCGGAUACUGGAAAAAUUUUGGAGGACAUAAAAUGCAUUGUGCAAGAUGCUCAUGAUGCACUUCAGCAACCCACAAUCAAUUGUGUGAGUUGUGUUUCUGAAGUGCAAAGUCCUGAUACCACAUGUGAUAGGCAAGCCAAUCCUGAUGAUGCUGGGUUAGGAGUAGAAAGAGAAAUUGCUUUCUCCCAGCCUGUUGCACACAAUCAGCCUAUGAGCCAAGAGCUGGAAGCUGCCAUCUCUCAAAUUCAUGAAUUUGUGCUGUUCCUUGGGAAAGAAGCUUCCAGAGUUCAUGAUACAAUAUCUCCAGAUGGGCAUGGACUGGGUCAAAAAGUUGAGGAAUUCUCAUCCACCUUUAACAAAAUUGUGCAUGCCAACACAAGUUUGGUGGACUUCGUUGUUAUUCUAUCUCAUGUUUUAUCUGAAGCCAGUGAACUCAGAUUUAGUUUCAUUGGAUGCAAGGAUACUGAUGGAGAUACUAAUAGUCCUGAUUGCAUAGAUAAGGUUGCUUUACCAGAACACAAGGUUGUCCAAAAUGAUUCAAUAGAUGAAAGAUAUACAAACGGUUGUUCCCAUAUUUCAAGUCCAACUUCUGAUCUAGAAGUUCCUUAUGAUGGAAAUCUAGUCUCUAGCUAUGAAUCAAAUUCCAGAUUACCCAAAUUCUCAUCAGAAGACAUUGAAGAGCUAAAAUUAGCGAAGGAGAACCUGUCAAAGGACUUGGCAAGAUGUACAGAGGAUCUUGAGGCAGCAAAACGGAAACUGCAGGAAACAGAGCAGCUGCUAGCCGAAUCUAGAUCACAGUUAGCUUUUGCUCAAAAGUCGAACAGCUUAUCGGAAACACAGCUGAAAUGUAUGGCAGAAUCAUACAGGUCCCUUGAAGCGCGUGCAGAGGAUUUGGAAACUGAACUAAAUCUUUUGCGAGCUAAAUCUGAAACUUUGGAGAAUGAUCUUCAAGAUGAGAAGAGGAAUCAUCACGAAGCUUUGUCCAAGUGCCAGGAGCUGCAAGAGCAACUACAAAGGAAUGAGGUUUGCUGCGCUAUUUGUUCUUCAGCUAUUGAUGGCGAUCCCCAGAAAAGUCAGGAGAUAGAGUUGACUGCUGCGGCAGAGAAGUUGGCAGAAUGUCAAGAAACAAUUUUUCUUCUUAGCAAGCAAUUGAAAUCUCUGCGACCCCAACCAGAUUUCUCCGGAUCUCCAUUCAGUGAGAGAAGUCAUAGAGGUGAGGAGUUCAUCGAAGACGAACCAUCUAAAAGUGGCACCAAUCUUCUCGACCUUGAUCGGUCUGAAAUGGAUACUGCCACUUCUACAAUGACACAAAUAGUUGGUGCAGAAUCCCCUUGCAGUGCUUCGGACGGUGAAGGAGGAAGCUUCUUGAGAUCACCCAUCAAUUCAAAACAUCCAAAACACAGGCCAACAAAAUCAAGCUCCUCUUCUUCCUCCUCGGCCCCAACUCCAGAGAAACAAACUCGAGGAUUUAGUCGAUUCUUCUCCUCGAAAGGAAAGAACAACAGUCAUUAGGCAUGCUUCUCUCUUGCAUGAUAAUAUGAUUCUGUUUAAAAUAUUUCAUUCAAUAAUAUAAAUAGAUUUAAAAAAUUAAAAAAAAAAAAAAAAAACCCCACCAAACAUAGACAUCUAAGAUCUUAGAUGGGAAGUCAGUUUUGGGAGCUCUAUGUGUUAAAAGUUAGCUCAUAAAAUGAUGCUUUCAUCAAAGGCCUCUUCUAGCUUCUGUAUGUACCUAAUGCUGUACAUUAUAUUCACAUCCGUUAAAUUUUUAUCUUCCUCCUCCAUGAUCGUUGAGUGUGGUUAUUUUUUUCUGAACUGGAACACCCAUGUAUUACAAAUAUCUUCUUCCUACUUUUAACAUUGAUUCUAUUUGGACUGGACUCUUUAUAACAAAAA